AUGAGUAUCUCAUGCUCAGUCUCCCGAAACCAAAAUACACAGUCAUGCUUCGACUGGUUCGUAACCCGGGCAAGAAAAAAGAUCCCUGGCACAUUUGCGUCUGACUUCUGGGAUACGCUCGUUCUCCAGGUCAGCAUCCAGGAGCAGGCAGUUCUAUACUCGCUAGUCGCAUUAGCCUCAGCCCAUAAAUCCAGAAUGCUCUCGCUGACUGGCAUACCUGAGAACGAGAACUAUACGUUGCAGCACUACAACGCGGCCAUUUGUCAUCUCCAACACCACCUGGCCAGCGGAAGUAAGGAAUCAAUCCGAAUCGUGGCCAUCUCAUGCCUCAUCUUCAUCUGCCUUGAGUUCAUGCGUAGUAACAUCGAGACAGGCACCAUUCACCUCCAGAACGGACUGAACUUACUGCCUCUACUCCAGCCGCAGUCCUGCGAGAACGGCGCACUUGUGCUAAAGGCUCAUAACGAGUCGUUAGAAGAUGUUGUCACUGAGGCAUUCCUCCGCUUGUUCGUAUAUUCAGCACAGCUCCACCGAUUCUCCCGGGAUGUGUUCCAUUCAAGGCAGCACCUCGAUGAACUGUUCAAUAGAAUACACCGACUUGAAGCAGAUGCUCGCCAGCUACAGGCUCUUUCCCGUCCAGUCACGACCGCAAUGUUGCAAAAGCAGCAACGCAUCCAAACAGACCUCGACUGCUGGCUCAGUCUCUUCAAUAACUCUUUUGCUGGUAUUGCGAAUCGUGAUCUAGAGGAGUCGCUACCCCUUACACUUCUCCGGAUUCAUCAUACCAUGGCAUAUAUAAUGGCUGGGACCAGUCUCGCCCCGAGAAAUGAACUCGCCUACGACCAGUUCAAGUCAAGUUUCGACUCCAUUAUCAGCCUUUCUGAUCAUAUCCUGGAGGCUGCAGCGUCCAUCAUGGCUGCAGAUAUCAUACAUGGGGUCUGCACUGAGCAAUUUAGCUUCAGCGCGGAUAUGGGCAUAAUAUUGCCUCUAUAUUACACAAUCCUGAAAUGUCGCUGCCCUAUCACUCGGCGACGUGCUCUGAAGCUGCUUCUUCCUGUGUCACACCAGGAGGGAAUAUGGAACGGGCCCUUGUCUGCAGCAAUUGCUCGCGGGGUCAUUCAAAUCGAGGAGGACGGAUACUACAGGUGCUACCCCAUUGAAGACCUGGCUCUUCAAAAGUCAGUGAUUACCCCUAUACCGAUCUUACUCGAGUCACAUAGAAUCAGCGAUGUGUUCAUAGAACCACUUGAGAGCUCUACAGGAGGCAUUAUCUGGAGUUAUCAUAGAACACAGGAGAACGGACAAUUGUCAGUAUAG